AUGGGUGGAGCAUGCACAAAAUAGAAACCAGGAGAAGUUAGUCACCCAGUUAAGACAUAAGAAGUUAGGAUUGGUUAAUAAGGGACAUAAAAUAAAAAUGCAGCAGGAUAAAGUGAUGACUUAAUAAGUAUUGUUUCUCUUAAAUCCAGAUUGUCUAUGAAGAGAUAAGUAAAUAUUGGGCAUUAUUUAGUAUAGGGAGUUAAUAAGAUUGAAAAAGAUAGUAAAAAAUUGAUAAAUUUAUGGGAAAAGGCUUUACGUUAGUAUGAAAAACAAAGCAGAAAAGAAAUAAGGAAAGAAAAGAUUUUCAAUAAAAACACAGAAAAUAUUUUGUUUUCAUUUAAAAAAAAUAAAUUUAAUGAAUUUUAAUCGCUUAUCGAAUAAGGAAUACCUUUGAAUUUAAGAUGGAAUGUUUGGAAAGUUUAGUUAUUUAAUAAAGAUAUUUAUGAUGAACACCUUUACGAAAAAUUGCUGCAAUAGCCUAUUGAUGAACACUAUGAGCAUGCUAUAAUGAAGGACUUACCUAGAACAUUUCCUAGUCAUCCUUAUUUCUAAUCAAAAGAACCAGGAGGAGGCGGUUAUUUGAAAAUUAGUUAGUUAAAUUAGGGAUAAAAGUAGCUUUAUAACGUUUUAAAAGCCCUUAGUAUUCAUAUGCCAAACGUAGGUUAUACGUAAGGUAUGAAUUUCGUGGUAGCUUUUCUACUUAUGAUGAGUGCUGGUAAUGAAAAUGAAUCAUUUUGGAUAUUUUUGUUGCUAGCAAGAGAUCCUAAUUUUUUAUUCAUGGGUCUUUUUGAGGAGACUCUUCCUCUCAUGCAUAUUUUAAUUUGCAUUUUUGAAAAGAAAUUCAAAAUAGUCCUUCCCGAACUAUAUGAAUAUUUUUAAAACAUUAUGUUAGAUAGCAUGCUUUGGGUAUGGAAAUGGUUUAUAACAGUAUAUCUAUAUUCUUUUCCAAUUGAAAUUGUUGCAAAAUUAUGGGAUUAUAUAAUUAUAAAUGGAGGUCUCUCAACGAUUUCCCUUGGAUUAGCUCUUGCUGAGUAUUUUUAAAAAGAAUUUCUUGUUAGAGAUAUGGAAGAUAUUUAGACUCUGCUAAGGGAUAUGAAAGAUACUGAGAUAUUGUUGGAUAAAAACUCUAAAUAUUAUCUUGAUUUUACCAAGCUUUAAAAAUCAGCAAAAAAGUAUACAAUCACUACUGAGUUUGCUAGUAAAUGUGUUUCGGAGUUUGUGAAGGAGAAAAAAAAUGAUAAUAUGUACUCAAAGUUUUAUAUAAUGAGAAGUAAAUAAGAAACUCAGGCCAUCGAAUGGAUUAACAAAUCCAUACAAGAAAGAGUUAAAUUAAACGCUGCUGAAACAGUUAUGCAUUUAGGUUCUCGCAUUAAAACAAAUAUAUAGGGGUAAGAUAAAAAAUUAGAAGAAUCAGAAGCAAAUAUAGUAUAUUUACAGUAAAAUCAAAAUAUUCAUCCUAUCUCUAAAUAGUUAUAUUCUGAUACAAUAGCAGUAAACAGCACACAUUAACAACAAAAUAUACAUUAAUCUGAUUAAAAACUUAUAUAAAUACAAGAAUAAAAUAUAUAAUAAAAUUAAAUUGAUAACCAUAAGCAAAUUUCUCAAGAAAACGAGCUUUCUCAAGUUAACCAAGAAAAAGGAAAUUAUGAAUCUGAGACAGAACUAUAAGAAGAAAUGGUUAAAAAUAAUAUAGCAAAUCCUCAUAAAAAGUAGCAAUUACAAUUGUAGUAGUAGUAGUAGUAGUAGUAGUAGUAGCAGCAGCAGCAGCAAGAAGAAGAUAUGGAUAACUCAUCUAGAUAGUUUAUCAAUCAAGAUUAAAAUGUACAAUUUAAUAAUCAUAAUCCUCAAUAUAUUUAAGAAAAUUAAUAAAACACCAAAUAAUUCUCUUUUAACUAAAAUAAAAAUAAAGAUUUUGUAGGGUAAAAUAACUCAAAAUUGAAUAAAAUAGAAAACUGGAGAUAAUCUUCUUUAAAGAAUGAACAUGAUAUUAUUAGAUUUACAUCCCUAUCAGAAAUGCAAGAUGAUAUCCCUGAUCAUCUUACGAAUGUAGAUCCUGAAAACUCUAAUUAAAAUUAUUAAAAAAACUAUAUUUUUCAAAAUUCAUUAUCUCAAAAGGUUAAAGAAAGUGCUAAAAAAUAAAUAAUUGAUACUUAAUACUAAGUUUAAUAGCCUAAAGAGUUUUAAUGA